AUGGCGGACGCAGAGGUGAGCAACAAGAGGGUGAUCCUGAAGCAGUUCGUGACGGGGUUCCCCACCGAGGACGACAUGGAGCUCGUCACGGCGACGGUGCGCCUGGCCGUGCCGCCUGGGUCGGCGUCUGUGAUGGUCAAGAACCUCUACGUCUCCUGCGACCCCUACAUGCGCAACCGGAUGAGCGAGCACAACGACGCAGCAUACAUCGAGCAGUUCGUGCCAGGGGAGCCUGUUUUGGGUAUUUUUGGAGUAAGCAAGGUGGUAGCCUCCGGGCACCCAGAUUUCAAGGCAGGCGAUCUUGUUUGGGGCCUGACUGGAUGUGAAGAAUACAGUGUGAUCACUCAUCCAGAAUCUCUUUUCAAGAUCAACCAUCCUGAACUGCCUCUGUCCUACUACACAGGUGUUCUUGGCAUGCCUGGAGUUACUGCAUAUGCUGGAUUUUUUGACGUCUCAAAGCCAAAGAAAGGCGACUAUGUUUUUGUGUCAGCGGCGUCAGGCGCUGUUGGGCAGCUCGUUGGACAGCUUGCCAAGAUUGCAGGCUGUUAUGUGGUUGGCAGUGCAGGUUCGGACGAGAAGGUCAGCCUCCUGAAAACCAAGUUUGGUUUUGAUGACGCUUUCAACUACAAGAAGGAACAGGACCUCAACGCCACACUAAAGAGGUGUUUUCCCUCGGGCAUCGACAUUUAUUUCGAGAACGUGGGUGGUGCAAUGCUAGACGCGGUGCUGCUUAACAUGCGGAUGCAUGGCCGGAUCGCUGUGUGUGGGAUGAUCUCGCAGUACAACUUAGAGAAGCCGGAUGGGGCGCCCAACCUCUUCUGCCUUGUCGCCAAGCGCAUCCGCAUGGAGGGAUUUAUGGUCCUCGACUACUUCAACACCUAUACCAAGUUUGAGAAGGAGAUGGCGGGCUACCUCAAAGAAGGGAAGAUUAUCUUUGUUGAGGAUGUUGUUGAGGGGAUUGAGAAGGUACCGGCGGCGCUCAUCGGGCUCUUCUCUGGGCGCAAUGUUGGCAAGCAGCUUGUGAUCAUCGCACGGGAGUGACAUGACAGGAU